AUGUUCGAUGGUUUUGGAGCAAUAAUGUUUGGGGCAUCAGUACGCCCCUUUGAUUUGCAACUUCGAUGCUUCUCGGCAGCAUUUUAUGAAGGAGCGGAUACGAAGAAAAUAAAUGAGUUGAAUCAUGGUGGGAAGAUUUUACUUCCACCAUCGGCUCUAGAUUUAUUAGUUCGUCUUAACAUCGAAUAUCCAAUGAUGUUCAAAGUGCAAAAUUUGACUGAUGCAAAAUGUUUCACGCACUGCGGCGUUUUGGAAUUCUUGGCUGAAGAGGGUCGUUGCUAUCUUCCAUCAUGGAUGAUGCGCCAAUUACACCUUAAUGAAGGUGAAUGCGUUCGAAUAACAUAUGCCACACUACCGAAAGCUACAUAUACGAAGCUAAAGCCGCAGUCUACGGAUUUUCUGGCUAUUUCGAAUCCGAGAGCAGUACUUGAAGUCGAGUUACGCAAGUUUGCAUGUCUUACAAAGGGAGACAUUAUUGCUGUCGAGUACAAUGAUCAAAUAUUGGAAUUUUUGGUGAUGGAGGUAAAACCUGAAAGAGCUGUUUCAAUCAUCGAAUGUGACAUGAAUGUGGAAUUUGAUGCACCGGAGGGUUACGUUGAACCCAAUACAAAUGCAGCAUCCAGCUCAAAUGCAGCACCAUCGAUGUCAUCAACACCAGCUGCAGAUGAAAUAGGAAAGGGUGGUAGUGGAUUCAAAGCAUUUACUGGUGCGGGUCAUCGUUUGGACGGAAAAUCGAAGUCAUCGACUACUUCACUGACUGAAAUGGAAGCAGCCGAGCGGUCACUUCCGCAAUUAGUUGUUAAUACCAAUUAUACUCCCGGAAAGCUAGAAUUUGUAAGGUAUGAGUAUAAAUGUCGUUCACUUAUGGAGAAGGAAUUAGCUGACGCAGCAAAAGGAAAGAAAUCCGGUGGUUCGAUGCCUUUCGAAGGUGGCGGACAUAUGUUACGUGCUACUCGUCGGUGA